UUAGUUCUGUUGUUUUGUUUGAGAUUGUUGCUUACCUGACCUUUAGUCCCUGGCCCCUAGUUAUCCUCUUGUGUUAGCCUCUGAGCAGCUGGGGCUAUUGGCAGGUCUUGCUACCAUGCCUAGGUGGACAAUUUUUGUCUUCAAGGAGCCAAGUGACCUGGUAUGAUAGGAGUUUGGACUGUGGAGCCCAGAAACUUGAGUUCUCUAAUGAUCUUGCUUCACCAUGGCUACAAAUAUGGAGGGGCUGGUUCAGCACAGAGUGGGGACCCAGCAGGUGGCUGAGGUACCACGUACACAGACCUCUCGGCCGGAAUCUCCAGGGAUGACCAGCCCCUCCCCGCGCAUCCAGAUAAUUUCCACCGACUCUGCGGUAGCCUCACCUCAGCGCAUUCAGAUUGUAACAGACCAGCAGACAGGACAGAAGAUCCAGAUAGUCACCGCAGUGGACGCCUCUGGGUCUUCCAAACAGCAGUUCAUCCUGACCAGCCCAGAUGGAGCUGGAACUGGGAAGGUGAUCCUGGCGUCUCCAGAGACAUCCAGUGCCAAACAGCUCAUAUUCACCACCUCGGACAACCUUGUCCCUGGCAGGAUCCAGAUCGUCACGGAUUCUGCUUCUGUGGAGCGUUUGCUGGGGAAGGCAGACGUCCAGCGGCCCCAGGUGGUGGAGUACUGUGUGGUCUGUGAUCUGACCUACAGCUGCCGGAGCAGCCAAGACUGCAUCAUCAACAAGCAUCACCGAAACCGCUGCCAGUUCUGCAGGCUGAAAAAGUGCCUGGAAAUGGGCAUGAAAAUGGAAUCUGUACAAAGUGAACGGAAGCCCUUUGAUGUGCAACGGGAGAAACCAAGCAAUUGUGCUGCUUCGACUGAGAAGAUCUAUAUCCGGAAAGACCUGAGAAGUCCUCUGAUAGCCACUCCCACAUUUGUGGCAGACAAGGAUGGAGCAAGACAAACAGGUCUUCUUGAUCCAGGGAUGCUUGUGAACAUCCAGCAGCCUUUGAUUCGUGAAGAUGGUACGGUUCUCCUGGCCACGGAUUCCAAGGCUGAAACAAGUCAAGGAGCUCUGGGUACACUGGCAAAUGUAGUGACCUCUCUGGCCAACCUGAGUGAAUCUUUGAACAAUGGUGACACUUCAGAAAUGCAGCCAGAGGACCAAUCUGCAAGUGAGAUUACUCGGGCAUUCGACACCUUAGCUAAAGCACUUAAUACCACAGAUAGUGCUUCACCUCCCAGCCUGGCAGAUAGCAUGGAUGCUAGUGGAGGAGGGAGCAUCCAUGUCAUCAGCAGAGACCAGUCAACACCCAUCAUUGAAGUUGAAGGCCCCCUCCUUUCAGAUACACACGUCACAUUUAAGCUUACGAUGCCCAGCCCUAUGCCAGAGUACCUCAAUGUGCAUUACAUCUGCGAGUCUGCAUCCCGCCUGCUUUUCCUCUCCAUGCACUGGGCAAGGUCAAUCCCAGCCUUCCAGGCACUUGGACAGGACUGCAAUACCAGCCUGGUACGGGCCUGCUGGAAUGAGCUCUUCACUCUUGGCCUGGCCCAGUGCGCCCAGGUCAUGAGUCUCACAGGCACAAACCAGAUUGAGAAAUUUCAGGAGAAGGCACAGAUGGAGCUACAGGACUAUGUGCAGAAAACCUACUCAGAAGACACAUACAGAUUGGCCAGGAUCCUUGUCCGCCUGCCAGCACUCAGGCUCAUGAGCUCCAACAUAACAGAGGAACUUUUUUUUACUGGUCUCAUUGGCAAUGUUUCAAUAGACAGCAUAAUUCCCUACAUCCUCAAGAUGGAGACAGCAGAAUAUAAUGGCCAGAUCACCGGAGCCAGUCUAUAGUGCACAGCUGGCAGCUGCCAACAGUGGGAUGCCUCCUAGGACUGUGUAGGUGCAAGGGAAGGGAAAUAGCAGUGUCUUGGUGUGUGCAGGUGUCUCCGGUGUGUUAACCACUUCCUCCUGUUCAUCCCAGACAAUAACAACUAAAGACAGUAGAACGCUUCCCUGCCCUAGGAAAUGUUUUAAUGCCUUUUGGUGAAGCAGAUUUUGGAACAAUCUUUUAAUUCAAUUUGUAUUUAGAAUUUCUCAAAGGGCAAAAAACAAUGCUGAAGUUUUAUAAUAUCAGAGACUAGUAUUAAAAGAACCUAAGAACAGUAUGUAAAUACAUUUAAAAAGAAAAAAAAAAAAGAGUCCUUGGAAUUAAUAGCUACUAAUUACCAAGGUAAUGUUAGCACUUUCUAAGCACUUCUUAUCAGCUCUGCAUUGUUAACAUCUUGCCCAUGGACAGGGCAAAUGGAAAGCUGUGUGUCCCUUUUGUCAAAAUGCUAAUGAUUUCUGUGAAAACUCACUAGGGUACAGGAGACAAUCGUUCAUAUUUAGAAGAGAGCAUCACUUCUAUCUUUGUACGGUGGUGCUAAGCUAAAUUCCCAUGAGGGAAAUGUGGAUUACUGGCAUUGUAUAUAGGUGACACAACUGGCAUUGUGACCCACUGAGAGCUGCUGUGCCAGCCAGAGAUGUGUGUCUGCAGACUCUUCCGGAACCUGGGCUUCACUAAUUUUCAGAAUUAGAUUGCAGCUUGUCAGAGUUCAUGUGAUGAGAGUAAUCCUCCAGUGACUGAAAAGUGUGCCCAGUUCCCUCUACCUUUGACCAGAAAGUACAAGGUGGAUGAUCUGUACCCUUUGACAACACUUCAUGAGUAUGACCUGUAGUUGUUCAUGCUGUCUGGGGGCAGUGAGGCUUUCCAUUGCUGGCGUGCCUGGAGAGGAGCCAGGAUCUGUGAUCAUUCAGAACCUGCAGCUGAAUGGUAGCUAUAUAUCCUUGCUGCCUGGUGAGUGAGUGAGCCUUAGAUAGCUGCACAAAAGGCAUCAAGAUAAAUUCUUUCUGAUCUUAAAAGUAUUAGUGGUUUUCGGUGUACUGGGGCCCCAUACUAUUCAGUUCUCCCAGGUGUGUACUAGUCCAGCAAAGCUCUCCAGGACGUUUGAAAUAAUAGAAGCAAACCACCCUCUCUUUCAAAAGAGGAUCCAAGAGCAAUCCUCAGACAGGGCACAUAGUGCAGGCCUGUAACCUUAGCACUUGGGAGGCUGAGGUGAGAGGAUUGUAGAUUCAGGGCCAACCUGAGCAACUUAAUGAGUAAACUCCUUUUGAGUUUUAAAGGGGUCUGGGUGGGGUGGGGUGGGGUGGUGACUUAGUGGUAGAGCACUUGCCUAGCAUGCACUAGGUUCUGGGUUCCAUCCCCAGUACCCAAAUCAAAAAGAAAAAGCAAAAAUAGUUAUAAUGACCAUAGUUUCCAACAAGAGUGCAGAAUUCAGUUCCAAGGAAGUUAGACCUGACCAAAAGCUCUGCAUUCCCGUGGUUAUAAGUCUGCAGCAGCUGGAAAAAAAGUGGAAUGUUGGGACGGGUGCUAGGUAUCUACUUUUUGAUUAGCAGAAAUUAAAAAAAUUACCUCCUAUAAGGUAGUUCGUGCCUGUUAGUGGACAGGUACAGCUAUGGGGCUCAAGGCUAGACAGGCUGUUUUCUUCUGAGGAGUUAAUGACACUUUAUUCAGUUAGUGGGACUUAAGUGCAGAUAGUAUCUCUAGCUUCUAAAUUCUCAGCUAGAUUUUGAAGCCAGUGUUGGAAAUAGUAAGGAUGGCCAGUAUAAAAUGAUGGAAAGGACUUAAUUUUGCCAGCCCAAAGUUUUCUUUUUAUGUGUAUAUUCAAAAUUCAGACAAAAUGACUGGACAUGAGUACCGUCUAUUGCAUCUCUUUAGAGGGUUCCUACGGUACAUCUGUACAUCUUAGAGUUGCUGGCUUUGCUUCUCUUAGGAUUUUAUAGUGUGAACAUGCCAGUCAUUUCUAGGCCACUCAGAUAGGGCCUGGGCAUCUCCCAUCAGGCUAUUUAGACCAUCAUUGGAUAAGAAGUGCCAACCUAGAUGGCACUGGAGGGGGCAAGAAAAGAUUUUGCUUGGAAAAAAGUUGGUAAUUCAAACCUGCCUGGUCCUUUGUAAAUCCUGUCAUUGGUAAUGGCCAAUUUACAGGGCCACUUUGGGCGAGACUCCUUCACUGGUUGUCCAGAUCUUUGUGGCCUUACCCUUAACACUUGUAUCUACACAAUGUUCUCAUCAACUGAAAUCAUUUCAAACUUUGAGUGCUUCUCCAUUCCAUCUUGUCAGUUAGAUCUAGGAAGGUCAGCCCAGUCAUUUCUUAAGAGAGAGCCCAAACCACAGUCAGUAUCUGGGCUCCAGUUUUCAAGGUUAUCCACCUGAUCAAGUCUGUUGAUAACUCCAAGUCUGAUGAAACAGGACAGGCCCGUCUAGAUACUCCUCUCUCAGGUAGGUAGAUAGACACACACUGACGUGGCUACUCUCAAGUAAUAUUAAGAUAGUUUCAGGUUGAAUUGUGGUAUAAAACAGGCCAGUAGAUGUAGACAAAAACCAAAUUCCCUAAGCAAGUCACCCAAGUUACUCCUCAAAGUGUUCAAUACAGUGUGUCACCAUCCUUCCAGUUUGCAGUGUGUGUUGAAGGGGCUCAUUUAUCAGCUAGUCUCUUCCUGAGGCAGCAGUGGGGGUUGUGCUGUCUGGGUUUCUGUAUUGAAGUUCAAAUGGAGUCACUUAUGCCCUUGGGAUGACUCUGUAGUUUGUCAGUGUCAGUAUUAGAUGUGGACAGUAUUCUGAGGUAGUCACUACAUCAACCAGGGUGGCCAGUGUGACCCCAAGUAGAGCAGCAGCAUCUAUACUACACACACUUGUUUCUUGAAGGGUAGUCCUGCUCAUGCACUUACCCUCAUCAGCAUCCCUGAUAGAGGGAUCUAUCUUCUGGGACCUAGUGUCAGGUGGGGUCUAGAAGCCUGUUGCUGCUUUCCAGUGGCUGGGUGUGCAGUGGGGCUGUUGGUACUGCCGAAAAGCACCAUCUGACUGCUGCUUUUCUCCAGGGGGUGGAUCCUGGGAACAUCCCAUACUGGCAGAACAGGUGCCCCACCUCUUUAUUUGCCUAAUUUCUAGUCUCUAGAUUAUGUGGCUCUUUGCAAAAGUCUUAACUCUGAUGUCAAUUUCUAAAGCCAACUCCAAAAUGAGAUGGGGUUGGCCUAGGUGUUUUGUUCAAGGUUCUGGACUUCCUCAUUGAGUGCCUCCCAUCAGUAUGCACUUCCUGUGCACAUCCUGUCCCUUCAGCCGCACUGUGCAUGUCCAGAGUUACAGGCCUAGAUGACUGAAUGAAUGUACAUGUGUUCAUAUUAUCUUUGUACAGUGUAUAUAAUGUGUGUAUAUAGAUGUACAUUAUGUAUACAGACAUGUAGCCACGUAUCCAAACUUCUAUGUUGUCAAGAGUUGAUGCUAGCGUUGCUAAUGUGAAUGGAUGUGGAUAUUGCAAGGUUCCCUUGACAGGGAUGUACUGGUGAAUUUCUUACCAACUUCAUUUUCCUGGGACAAGGAGCUGCUGGAAAGGGCCAGGUAUCACUCACUCCUGCACAAGGAAGCCUCAAGCCAGAAAGGUCCUGACAGGAGGGCAGUUCUCUACGUUUAGAAGGGCCCAGAAGCUAGUGGAAGAGAUGUUAGCCUAAUAUCCAAAACUAAGUGGUAACUAUAAACCUGCUUUUCACAAAUCAGUUUAGCCUAACUGAAAGGAACUUGGUAGCCGAGAGAGGCACUUGGUAUCCAAGGGGCUGCAGCAGUCUCCCUUCUUUACCCUGUGCUCUGUCAGCAAGACUUGGGUACUGUCUGGUGGUAAAGAUAACCAGCCUACCAAACAUUCUUUAAAAACAAUGGCUAAGUUGUAGCAUAUAAACCACAAAUAGUAAAUUGACCUUUUAACUAAGAAGCAAGUCAGGGGUUAUCCUGACUUAACUACAUUCUAUAAAAGUUUUAGUUAAUAGUAAGAAAGCUAAGGCUGGCAUAUUCUCCUCAUCUACCACGUCUAUUCUGAUGAAAUUUGUCUCCUAUGAUUGGGAUUUUAGGCUGAGAUGGGACUUGGGAGCCAGGGCCCAGCCUGGCAGAGCUGCUAGUGGCCAUAGUGUGCAAGCGCCUGGCUUGGAGGAAGCCAAGUGCAAAGAUCUUGCCUGACCCACGGGUUGUUGUUGCUCUUUGUGUUUGAAGAAGUAAUUGUUAAGACUGUAGUCCUCAGUGCCUUUGGUGAGACAUGGGUCAUUUGGCUUCAGCUUCCCACUUGUAUCCCUGGCCUCACCCCUUGUGGUUGUUCAAUCUUGCCUGUGUCAUUGCCUGUUGUGACAAUCACACUAUUCAAAGUGGCUUUCCAAGUAAAACACAGGGAAGCUUGGCGGUCUCUAAAUGAAUCCUUCCAUUUUCUUUGGGGGCUAUUGUCUUGGCAGCAACCUAAGAGAGUUUAAAAGUGGCUUAGGAAGGAGAACAUCAGACAUUUCUAAUGCUCAGCAAUAUGCACUUUCAGUUAAUUUUCAAUAAUUUUGGUAUUUAUACAUGGAAUGUAGGGAAAAUUCUCAACAUUAUAUCACUGAUAAGUUUUAGUGUUUGGGUAACAUUUGGUAUAGACUGCACAUUAAAAACGGCCUUUCUUUGGGAAAGUACCAUCAUCAGUUGUCAUCCCAACAGCCUGCUCAUUCACGGAUGCCAAUGCACACACAACUCAAGUGCUGGAAUAUUUUUCUAGUCUGUUUUCCCAAUUAACUUGUAAAUCAGUGUUCAACUAGUUUUAUAACUGAAAAGCUGCACAUUUUUCAUAGUACCAACUAGUUUGUACCUGUAGUUUGGAUUUCUCUGUUAAGAUACAGCGCGUUAUUUGCCUCCCCUCCUCCCCCUUUUAAAGAAAAGUCCAGUGUGGAAUUUUCUUGGGACCGGUUGUAUAACUUUUGCCCUUCACACUAUAGAAAACACCAUGGAUGCCAUUACCUUUUGAUUCCAGGUUUAAAACCUGCGGAGAGCUGCCAUUUUGUACAGCUUUUCUCCCUGUGUAAAUGAGCUAUGUGAUGGCAUUUAAAACCCGCAUGUUCUUUUUAAAUUGAAUUUUCUAUCUAAUCAAUGUCUUCAGUCCUGAAGGAGAAUCUGCAUCGUUGUGUCUGUGUAGAGAGUUGCUGUGCAUGGUUAUGAGCGCCUUUUACUAAAUGCUGUUCAAUGUGGCUUUGUUGUUGUGGCUUAAUACUACCUACAUGAGGUUUAUACUAUUAAAGUAAAUUAAAGACUA